AUGUACGACUCAGGAAACAUUCCCAAAGGUGCGUUCUUGUUACCCCUCACUCUGUUUCUCAUCGUGCUAAUCCUUCCUCUCCUCAGAAACUUCAUGCAACCAUCUCCAAACACUUAUGCCACCACCCACUUGGAAACCAAUGAGACAAAAGAAUGCAACAUUUUUUCCGGAAAUUGGGUCCCUCAUCCCAAACAACCCUACUACACAAAUCAGACCUGCCCUUUCAUACUCGACCAGCUUAAUUGCAUCAAGAAUGGAAGACCCGACAGAGAUUUCCUCAAAUUAAGGUGGAAACCUCAUGAUUGUGAGCUGCCACUGUUUGAUGCAACACAGUUCCUGGAGCUAGUACGAGGAAAGUCUAUGGCCUUUGUGGGAGACUCAAUGGGGAGAAAUCAACUAGAGUCUUUACUGUGCCUAUUAAAUACUGUUGCACAUCCUGAGGAUAUUACAGCGAAACAUACAUCAUAUGAUGACAUAUUUUUCAGAUGGUGGUUCGUGGCUGAUUACAAUUUCACUGUCACAACACUGUGGUCUCCCUUUUUAGUCAAGUUCAAUGACUCCGAUCCCAGUGGUCGAGCUUACUACAGCGCCACCAAGCUUUAUCUGGACGAGGCAGACGAAGCAUGGAGCAGCAAAAUCAAGAACUUUGACUAUGUGGUUUUCUCAACAGGACAAUGGUUCUUCCGGCCAUUAACAUUCUACGAAAAAGGGCAAGUUGUGGGGUGUCAAAAGUGCCAGAACUCGACAGAGCUGAACUUCUACGGUUACAAGAAGGCUUUCCAAACAGCUUUUAGAACACUCAGAAACGUUGAAGGGUUCAAAGGGGUGGCGUUUUUGGUGAGUCACUCACCGGAGCACUUUGAGAAUGGGGCGUGGAACGAGGGAGGGAGUUGUAACAGGACAAAGCCAUUUAGCUUGGAAGAAAGAGGGGUGUAUGAAAGUGGAGACAUUGUGGAGGCCUUGCAUGAGAUACAAGUAGAGGAGUUUAAUGCAGCAAGAGAAAAGGGUUUGAGGUUUGGUUUGAUAGAUAUAACUGAUGCAAUGGCUAUGAGGGCUGAUGGUCACCCCAGUAGGUUUAAGCCAGGCAAUAAGAAGGUGAAUGACUGUGUACACUGGUGCUUGCCAGGUGCUGUUGACACUUGGAAUGAGUUUUUGUUGUAUUUGAUGAAAUUUGAAGUUGAAAAGCAUAAUAACAUGUUAACCACUCCCAAAGGUGUGUUCCUAUUACCCCUCACUCUGCUUGUUAUUGUGCUACUCCUUCCCCUUUUCAAAAACUUAAUUCAACCAUCUUUUGAAAUACACACCAGUGGCUUGGAAACCAAAGAAACAAGAAUAUGCAACAUAUUUUCUGGAAAUUGGACUCCUUAUCCCGAAGAACCUUACUACAGUAAUGAAACCUGCCCUUUCAGAACUGACAAGCAGAACUGCUUCAUGCACGGAAGACCCGACAGAGACUUCCUCAGAUGGAGAUGGAAACCCCGUGAAUGUGAGCUUCCUCUAUUUGAUGCAUCUCAUUUCUUGAGACUUGUAAGGGGAAAGUCCAUGGCUUUUGUUGGUGACUCAAUUGGGAGAAAUCAAGCGGAGUCCUUGCUGUGCCUCAUAAACAACGUAAUGAAAUCCGUUGAGGCUGAUCCGAAAGCUAGUUCUUUCUACAGAGCCACGAAGCUUUAUCUAGAUGAGGCAGAUAAAGCAUGGACUAGUAAAAUUGAAAAUUUUGACUUUUUGAUUUUCUCCACUGGACAGUGGUUCUUCCGUCCAAUGAUGUUUUAUGAAAAUGGGGAAUUUGUUGGAUGUCAGAGAUGCGAGAAGAACAUGACAGAGCUUAACUUGUAUGGAUACAGGAGGGCAUUCCGAACGGCUUUCAGAACUGUCAGAGAUCUUAAUGCCUUCAAGGGGUUGACUUUCUUGGUGACUCACUCUCCGGAACACUUUGAGAAUGGGUUGUGGAAUGAGGGUGGAACUUGUAACAGAACAAAGCCCUUUAAGAUGGAAGAAAGAGGGGCGUACAGAAAUGGGGAUAUUUUGGAGACAUUGAAAGAGAUACAAGUGGAGGAGUUUGAUGUAGCAGAAAAGGAAGCCACGAAAAAAGGGUUUGCGCUUUGGUUUGAUAGAUAUAUCUGA